AUGCUGCUGCUGCUCACGCACAACCUUCCCCUGCUGCAUCCGGAUUCUGUUCGGCACGCACGUGCUGCCUCCGUUCGUGCCGGAUCGCCACGAGCAGCCGCCAGACCUGGGCCUGCCGACGAGGAAGCGAGGAGUGCACGAGCGACGCAGGCCGGUGAGGUAGGAUAUGGCGACUCUGCCCUCCUCGACGCGCAGCAGGCCGCGUUUGCCCAGUUCUGGGAGGAGGCGAGCCAGGCAGCGGAGCCGGCGGGGGUUGCGGAUGCAAAAGACGAGGCGGUGGCAGAUGAGGCGGUCGAGGCUGAUGAGGCGGUCGAGUCGCUGCUCCGCCGGCUGGGCAACGCGAGCAGCGACGGCAACCGCGGCGUCGGCGCCGCGGAGGCGGCCGCUCUGCGCGAGGCUCUCGCCCCAUGCCUGGCGCGGCUUGCCCAGCAGCCCACCUCGCCGACGGCUUUGUCCUUGCAUCGUUGUCAGGCGCUCGUCGGCAACGCCACCGCCCUCGGCCGCGAGAUCGCAGAGUGGGCGGUCAACACCGUCGCCGAGCUCCUGGCGCCUGAAGAGCCGGUCGGCGGCGGCGAGGCGGGCGGCGAGGCGGGCGGCGCGGCGCUGUCUGAGCUCGCUGCCGCCACCGCAGCGAGCAGGGCGCGGCAGCAGGCGGCGGAGGCGGAGCUGGCGCGUUUGCGGACGGAGGAGGCGGAGCGGGCGCCGGCGGCGCAGGCGGAGCGGGCGGAGUCGGCGGGGCAGGCGGAGCGGGCGGGUGGCGGCGGCGGCGAGAGGAGCGAGGAGGAGGCCAAGGCGGCGUGGCUCGCGCGGAUGCAGGCGCCGACGUGGGGGCGGGCGGAGCGCGAGGAGGCUGCCAAGCAGAGGUGGCUCGCCAGCCUCGAGGCGCCCGCGUGGCAGCAGCAGGGGCAGCAGGGGCAGCAGGGGCAGCAGGGGCAGCAGGGGCAGCAGGGGCAGGGGCAGGGGCAGGGGCAGGCCGGAGCAGAGGAGGCCGGAGCAGAGGAGGCCUCGCCGGAUAGCUCUGACUCGUUUGGCGAGCGCGCCGCGCUGCUCGCCUCGCUCGCCGCCGAUGCGCUCUCCGGCGCGGCAAGGACGGCAGAGGCGGCCGCCGCGCUGCGUGUGCCAGGCGCCGAGGUGCGGCCGGCGCCGAGCAGUGCGGCGGUGGUGCGCGAGCUGGCGGCGGCGCUGAGGGACGAGUACGCCGCUUCGGCGGCGCAGGCGGCGCGUGGGUCGCCGUUUGCGCGGCAGCUGCAGCCGUUCGACGGUCUGACGUCGCCUCUCCGCGGCAGUGGCGAGGCGAGGGCCGCUCCGUCGCUCGCCCCAGGGGCCGUCUCCCCAGAGGCCCUCCCCUUGGAGGCGUACGGCGCGCCCUCCGCCGCACCCUCCGACGGGGCGCGCGGCGGAGGCUGGCGCGACUUGCGCGAUGCGGCCACGCUUGCUAGAGGCGGCGGCGGCGCGGGGGGAGGGGCACCGCCGGUCGAUGGGGCCGGCAGGCAGCAGUUCGACGUCGGGUUUGACCCGCGCGUCGUCGAAGCCGCCGUCAGUGGCGCGCUCAGUCGUGGCGGCGCGGCGCCUCUGAGCCGAACGCUAGGGCGUGUCGAGGAGGAGGAGGAGGAGGCGUUCGUGUUUGACGUUGCGGCGGUGGAGGUGGAGGACGAGGCCGAGUCGCAGCAGAAGAAGGCCCUCGCUCUAGCCGACGCGGCGCUCUUUGCCGCCGAGGCGCGCCCGGCCCGCACACUUGUGCUCGCCGAGACGCUCGGGCGAGCGACCCGCCGCACGAAGCAGGAGCUGGAGGCGGAGGAGGAGCGAGAGUGGGAAGCGUUGCGCGCUUUCACGCCGGAGGAGGUGGCCGGUCGGCAGAGGGAGGAGGAGGCGUGGGCGGCACUGGUCGAGGCGGUGACGGAGGUGAUCGAGCGGGAGUGA